AUGGACAGCGAAUGGUUGACAUGGAAAGGAAGUAAAUAUGAGUACAAAUAUACUCUGGGGUUAGUCAAGAGCCUUGACCUUUCCUGCAAUUAUAUGACUGGAGCAAUUCCUGAAGAGAUUAUGAAUCUAGUAGGAUUGAUUGCCUUGAAUCUUUCCAGAAACAAUUUCAGUGGACCAAUCACUCCCAAGAUUGGCAUUCAACUUCAGAGUUUCAAUGCCUCCGUGUAUGAAGGGAAUCCUGGACUGUGUGGCCUCCCGCUCCCAAAAAAUUGUCCUGGAGAAGAACCAGCACAAGCUCCAUCUACUAUGAAAGGCAAAAUUCCAGAAGAUGAGUUUAUAAACCUUGGGUUCCAUGUAAGUUUGAGCCUUGGUUUCAUUGUAGAUUUCUGGGGAGUUUGUGGCAGUCUAGUGCUGAGUCAGUCAUGGAGACAUGCCUAUUUCAAGUUCUUGGGUGAUAUGAAAGAUAGGAUCAACGUGACAGCAGCAAUAAAUUUGGCCAAACUGAAGCAAAGGUUCAAUAACUAA